CAAACAGCUGUGUUUCGUGGCCAUUGAAACAUAUGGGAAGCAGAAUCGAACGGAAUUAAUUUAGAUAUAUCCCAGAAUAAUGGUCGAUCCAAACCGAAAGAUAAACCGCCUGGUGGAGAAGGACGUCAACUUCCUGGAGUCCUGUGAGCUGGAGUUUGCCGGCCGCUUCACAGACGAGGACCCGGAGUUUAUGGCCCACUGCAGCAAGCCGCUGCCGGAGCCGCCAAUUGUGGAGAACUGGAUGGGUGGCGGAGGAGGAGGCGGUUUCCAAGGUGGUGGCGGAGGAGGUGGAGGUGGAUACGGACAUCACCACAACAAUCGCUACAACGGACAUCGCAGGGGAGGCGGCGACAGGGGCUGGCAGCGGCGGGGAGGAGCCGGUUACCACAACAACCAGGACAGAGGAUUCAGGGACAACCGGCGCAACAACAGAUACGAGCCCAGAGAUCGCCGGGAUCGGGAUCGCUACGACGGAGGGUCCGGAUCUGGCGGCUACAAGCGCUCCCAUGACCAUAGCCAGCGCAGUGAGCCACCCCACAACGAGCCGCCCAUGAAGGUCAGACGCGACUAUGGAAACUUCGUGCCUGCUUCCAAGGAUUAGUUAUCGAAAGUAGCAGUUAAGAAUACUCUUCAUAUUACACUCAAAUAUUCACAUUUA